UGCAUUGAAAUUAUAUUUUGUGCAUAAGUAUAACGCGUAGUAUGAAAGAACGAAAUCGUUUUAAUAAAAAUAAAUCACGCCGUCAACAGCAGCAGAAAGUUAAAGAAACUAAUCAGAAUUGUUGUCUACGCAAACAUUGCAAAUAUGAACAUAUCUGGCAACAUUUUCGACGCAAUGCCACACUCGAGGAAAUUCGCCAAGCAGCGUCUCGAAUUUGCCGUGACUAUCUAACCGGACGCUGGAAGGUGGUUACCCCAGAGCAACUUAUUGUGAAGCGCAUCAGCGGUGGCCUUUCCAACUUUUUGUAUUACGUAAGUUUGCCCGAUGUGGAUGAUUUCGACGAGCAGCAAUUGUUGGAAGUGGAACAGCAACAGCAACAGCAACAACAACAGCAAAGACAGCAAGGAAAUGUUAAGCACGUCAUAGCCGCAUCGACAUUGGCUAAAAAUAAUUAUAAAAACUACAACGCAAGCGGCGAGGCGCCACAUUUGGGGGCCAACGAUUUAGCACAAAAUACUGUCGUGGGCGUGUUGGAUGAAGACGACGACGAUGACGUGGCCAAUAAACAGGCAAAUAAACGGCAGCGUUUUGAUAGCGAUAGCGGCGAUUCAAGUUUGCUGAGACGACUACACGCACCAAAGCAUGAACCGCGUGAGGUGCUGCUGCGUAUCUAUGGACAAACCCAUGGUGAUCACGCAUUGGAGAGCAUGAUAACCGAGUCUGUGGUGUUUGCCUUGCUAAGCGAGCGCAAUUUCGGACCCAAGCUACAUGGCAUCUUUCCAGGUGGACGCAUUGAGCAAUAUAUACCGGCACGCUCCCUGCACACCACUGAGCUUGGCGAUGCGCGCAUUUCAAUGAAAAUUGCUGAAAAAAUGGGUGAAAUUCAUAGCUUGAAUAUACCCAUGUCAAAGGAACCGGAUUGGAUUUGGAACUGCAUGGAUCGUUGGCUUGCAAGCUUGGAUAGCAUUGUCAAGGGCGCAAUGGAAUCCAAGCCCGACUCAACGGAGAUGCAAAAGCAGCGUGAACUGAUGAGCAGCAUCGACUAUGUGCAAGAGAUUGCUUGGUUAAAAGCAGUGAUAGAUGCUGGCAACUAUCCGGUGGUCUUUUGUCACAAUGAUCUGCAGGAGGGCAAUAUACUGAUCAGACAGUCCAACAGAAUUGAAUCUAUGAGCAGCUUGCGUUCCAACUUUGAUGAAACUUUGGGUGAUAGUCUGGAUGGCACUAGCAAUUUGGAUGCAGAUGACAAUAAAUCGCAUAGUCCCUCGCCCUGCGCUGAACUGGACACCACAGAUGAUUCGGCGCUGGAUACCAGCUUUAUGUCAGAUCAUGAGCCGGAUCUCAUUAUCAUAGACUUUGAAUACUGUGCCUAUAACUAUCGCGGCUUUGAUUUAGCCAAUCAUUUCAUCGAAUGGACCUUUGACUACACCAAUUCACAAUUUCCCUACUUCCAUCACUACAAGCAGCAAUAUGCAACAGCGCAGCAGCGACGCGACUUUAUAGUUACUUAUCUAAGGAAAUAUCAUGACGAUGAACACUAUGAACCCACAGGCGAGGAGCUGGAUGCAGUUGAUGCUGAGAUACAAUUCUUUACCAUGCUGUCGCAUCUGUUCUGGAGCUUGUGGUCGGUCGUCAAUGUCACCUCUACCAUUGAGUUUGGGUAUUGGGAAUAUGGCGUUGCACGCAUCUUGGAGUAUCAGCAACUGAAGUCUGCCUUUUUGGCAAAAUGAUUUACAGCUGGGUUGGAGUUAAAUACUUAAUGAAAAGCACUUAAUCGAAUCGGAUCGAAUCGAAGCGUACUUAAGUGGCCUUAACUUUAACUGAUAACACUGAUUAGACAGGAAUUUUAUUUUCCAAACUAGUUAUUGUAGCUUACACACACACACACACACAACGGCUGUAACUAGCAAAGAGCUGAUACCCUUAACCUGAUUUGUAUAAAUAUGUAGCUUAUGUUUAAGUAUAUAAUUGCUGAGAAGAAAAGUCAAAAUGUAAUAACAAUUGCAGCUGUGAUUAAUUAUGUGUGAGCCAUGUACUGUUUGUUGUUGUUGAAAGAUAGCAAACGUAACUUAAUUAAAGUAUUAGCACAACAUCUUUAACUUGCACACAGCUUGCUGAAUUGGCUUAAAUUGAAUUUCUUGCAUUUUGCCCAAACGAAUUUAUUACUCGUUCGAAUUUAUUUCGGAUUAUGGUAUUAUGUUCAAUUCUAUUGCUUGUAGCACAUUUAUUUUAAUUGCAACAACAAUCAACAACAACAACAACCAUUACAACAAAUUCUGUUUUUACUGUACCUUCCUUUAAUCCCUAAAUGAAUUUAGUUUAUAUUUAUGUGUUUAGUGUUUAGUAGUUUUGCGUGUAU